UAUACAUUGAAUUCUGGGACGAAACAUCAGAGGAGGAAUAAAUAUCGAAGAUUUAUGUAGAUCAUUUAAAUUUACACUUAAAGAAAACAUAUUGUUAAUAUGAUGAUUUAGAGUAGACCAAUAGUUUAACUUUAACCAGAUCUAGUGUCCACAUGUAUUCAAUGAACAUUGACUGGGUUCAUGUUGGCUAGAUGUCACCAUGUCCCACAUGAUCCCCAUUGUGUCAUCAUCCCCGCCACCCUUUGAUGACUCUUAUGGCUGUGAUGAUGGGGAAGAUGAUGAUUUUGGAAACUUUACUGGGGCAGAUGAUGAUCACUCAACUUUACCCAAUCUACAUGUAGUUGCUCUCUCUUCAGAUAAGACACAGAACAACGAUGUCGUGAACAAAAAUGUAACAAGAUCAACUCCUCAGAAAAUAUUAUGUGACAGUCCAGUCGACGUAGCUGGACACUAUCAGAAUGAUUUUAAUCAAAACUUAAAUGAAGAUUCCAAUGAAUUAACCAAUGCUGUAAGUGGAAAUGCAGAUAAUGUUACCAAUGGAAAUAGUAAUUUUGCUCAGUUUGAUAUCGAAGAUGUUGAUUUGCAUGUAUCAACUCCAGUUCGGCCACACAUUGUUGGCUUACCACUGGGCAAGACCAGUGAGUUAGAAGAAAUCACAGAACUUCAGUUUAUAGAGGAUGACACAGUCAGUUCGGAAUCUGCAACAUUGCAAGAAAGUAAGGAACAUAAUAAAAAUUGCAAUGUGAACAUGCGGGAUUCAACAACAGACUCUGGCAUGUUCAGUAAUGACAUUUCUCCUGUUCAAAAGUCUGAGGAUACGGCAGAGUUCUGUGAUAAAACCUCUAGUGCUGAUAGCGAUGAACCAUUCCCAGACUUGCCUCCGGAUGGCAAGGUAGAAUUAGCCAGCAGUCACAGUGAUGACCAAAUUGUUUGUUCAGAUCAUCUACAAGUAGAUGCUGAUGGUUCACCUACUUCAGACUCUAAAAUAGAAAGUGAUGGGGUUGAUAAUGAGAACAGGACUAAUUCUUUUGAUGCUGUGAAUGAAGAUUGUGAUGUAGUUUCAUGUUCUUUAGAAGGUUGUGAUAAAGUGGAUGCGGGAGCUGCAGCUGUAAAUGAAACAUCUAUUCCUUCAAUUAUUGAGUCUGAUGAGUCCAGACUUUCUCCUACUAGUGAGAGAGAUUCAGAUUUUCCUCUGACAUCUAAGAUUAAUUUUGAAAGUGACUUAGAGAAUGAUGGAGAUUCCAUUGUUGAGUCAUGUAAACCUUCUAGUGUUGAUGAUACAGAUAGAACUGACAAUGAGAGUUUAAAUGAUGUUGACCAUCCUAAUGAAAACCAUGUAUCAGAUUGCAAACCAGUUUCUACCUGUGAUGAUGUUGAUGUUAUUGAUAUUGCUCAGCAUUCCGUUAAAACCAGUUGCACCAAAGACCAUAAAAAUUCCACAGACGAACAAAUCAUUCCUUCCGAUACAGAUCUAUCUCAAGAUACUCACACAUUUCAACAUAUUGAUGCCAAUCUUGAAAACAAGUUUGAAUUGACCAGUGAUUCAAGUUCUGAAAACCAAGAAUCUGUUGGACCAGCCAGUGAUGUGUCAACAGACAUCAGUGCUCAAAAUACUGAUCCUGUGCAAAAUCAUUCAAAUGAAGGUUUAAGUAUAGCAGCUGUUGGUGAUGACACAGACAUUACCACUGAUACAAAUCAUUGUCAGUCUACAUGUAAUCUGUCAGAAAAUCAGUGGAAUUCAGAAAAUAAAAAUGCUUCUGCAAAACCGAGUUCAAACUCUUGUGUUGUGGAAAGUGGGGACAAUGCAGACAGUUCAUUUGAUGAAUUUGCUACAUUUGGUAUUUCAAAUGAGAAUGAUGAUGAUGGUGAUGAUGAUGACUGGGCUAGUUUCCAGAGUAUACAUGACACUGACCAACCUCUAGACUUACCUUCUAUAUCUCAGGAAGCAGAUAAUGAUGAUGAUGACUUUGGUGAUUUCAUUGACAAUGUGGUUGUGAAAAAUGAUAAUGUUGAAAACUCAGUAGUUGUUGCUUCAAGUCCACAUACUGUGGAAACAUUUAGUGGAAUGGAUGAUGGAGAUGGUGAAGAUGAAGAAUGGGCUAAUUUUGAGGAACCACAAGGUGAUGGUGGAUUUAGCCAGCCUGAGUCUAGGAUAAUACCAGAAGCAACAACUGUGCAGCACAAGGUUAUAGGGGAAAAGCUAUCUGGUGUUUUGUCUGGGUGUUUUCAAACUCCGUCUGUAGAACAUAGUGAUGAGAAGAGUGUUACACCCUCUAUUCUGGAUGUUGUUAUAUCAUGUGAUGUGUCACAGCAGUCAAACAGGAAUCCAGGACUAGAAUCAUUUACGAAGAGAAUCUGGGGUCAGCUGAUAGACCUGGACAAGACGCCGGCCCUCGUGUAUCAUUGGAGCUCUUCAACAGGAAACUCAUACAUGUUCAAGACAUUGUGCAUCGAUACACAGAACAUACUACUGGGUCAUAAGAAGCAGUCAGUGCCGAUAUUUGCCUCAAACAUGGGUCUCCUGGAGCCCAUUCGAGGACCAGUUGACUCAAAGAAGGAGCCCAUCAAGACUGAACCAGCUCUGGUAGACCCCAGUAAGGUGGACAUUCCGAUAAACGAAAACCAGAGUUGUGGUACUACUGAAAAGGACAUUCCUCCUGUAGAAUUUGACUGGCACAAUAGUGGACUAACUAAUCCUUUGGCAGCUAAGACCCUUGAUUUAGACUUCCUCACUGAGCAGGAAAGUGAAAGUGCGGGCAAAAGUUCUGACGAAUGGGAUUGGGUGUUCCAGUCGGAAAUGCUCGAUACUCACAGGACAUCGGUGAAGUCUUUACCACCCCUGGAGGACGUUCUGAAGAACAUGAAACUCACCACCACAACCAAAACCAAGAAAACCGAGAACUUGAACCCUGAAGCCCGACGAAUAAUCGAUUCACUGCCCCUCUUGUCUUUCAUGCAUGCCAAGGUGUUGAUGUUUCCAUUCAGGCAGCAAGAUAAUUAACUUAACCUGAUAGGGGGAGGGGGUAGAGGGGAUAAAGUUUUAACCAAAAUAUAUUUAUUGGGGGUAGUUAAUAAGUUAUGCUACUACCGGUAUGUGGAUUCUUGAUUUUCAUGCCUGCUACUUUGCAGCCUUGGUGCCUGGUGAUAACUGCACAUUUUUAUUUUACUCCUAACAUUCACAGAUUUUAUUUUGAAUAGCAAAUUAAAAUAUAUAUCUUAUUUUUAUUGGUGGUAUGCUCAUUUUAUUUGUUUUAAUCUGUGAAAAUUAUUUUGUUUGUAGGUGAUCGUAUUAUUAUUAUAAUCCUAAAUGUUUAUUUAAAAAUGUAUUUAAGAUUAAUGGUUUUUGAAGUUAUCAUUUGUGAUUGUUUACUACAAGCUAAAAACAAUGUUAUGGUGGUCUGAAUUGAUAGAUGUGUUCUUGUAUGUGUUAUAUGCUACUUGAUACAUACAAGCUUAAAAUUAUUAAUUGGAAUUUGACAUAGGUGUUUCUAAUAAAAUGUGUCCUGUGCACAAACAUUUAAAUUUAUAAAUAAACUGAUGAAAAACAAAACAUAGUGUACUGUAUUUUUUUUUUUAAAUAUUAGAAAUGAUUGUUGUGAAAAGAAAUAAAUUAGUGAAGAUACUUUACUGUCAGUAACUCACUGUUUCAGUUAAGUUUGAUAACCCAUAACAUUGUUAAGUAAAAAUGUAAACGUUAAUGUCAUUGUUAGAUACAUCCGCAUUCAUUACUGCAAUCCGUAGUAUUAUAAUUGUGAUAGUUGUAGCAAUGUUGUUUAGUCCACUCAGUUCAGCCAAUUUCUGUUUAUACACAGGGAAAUUAUUCAAAAUAUAUUAACAAAAUGUUAGCUACAACUGGUAUAUCAAAGGUUAUCUUGACUAAUAGAAAAAUGUAGCGGGCUUACGUCAAAAUUACGAAAUGUUUGACAUCCACUAACAGAUGAUUAAUAAAUAAAUUUACUCUUGUGUUGUCAUUAAAACAAAACAAAUUGUAGGUUAAUGUCAUAGUUAGAUCCAUCUACAUUCAUUGCUGCAAUCCCUAGUAAUAUAAUUGUGAUAGUUGUAGCAAUGUUUUUGUUUAGUCCACUCAGUUCAGUCAGUUUCUGUUUAUAUGCAGCGAGAUUAUUCAAAACAUACUAACAAGAUGCUAGUGGAAAGCAGUAUAUCUGUCACCAUUGGUGCGGGAUGUAGCUCAGUGGUAAAGCGCUUGCAUGAUGCACAGUCGGUGUGUGAAUGCAGAUGAACAGGAGGAAAAAGAGACGGUUUAUCUCGAAGGGCAUGCGACGAAUCGCCUAUGUUACCAUACUUAUAUCGGUCCUGGUAGUUCGAUACACCUAGUAGAUUCUAAAUUUAAUGCUACGUGUAUACUAGCAGGCAUCGAAAUAAGCAUAACACAUGGUAACCCAUGUACAGGUUAUUGUUAAUUACAGGCUUAGACACAUCAAGUUUACAAUUCACAUUGUUAUUACCACAAAAUCCUUUACAGACACAGAUAUGUGUUUAAUCAUUCACGUCACUGUUCUUGUACCAAUUCCUGUAUGCAUGUGUAUUAUAUAUUUAAAUAACAAUCAAAUGAUAAAAAAUGUAUGUGGUGUAAUUUUCAUUUACUAUGAUUUUACAGAGAACAUAGUAUCGUUCUUGACAUGUGGUAACCUGGUAACCUGAACUAAGUUUAUUAAAUUUAGCACAUAACUCUUUGGGGGUUUGCUGAACAAAUAUAAGAUAUUUAUUUAGCAUGUCGCAUACAAGGAGCAUAUGUGAUUAAAUUAAAACAUUGUUUUAGAGAUUCUACAAGAGAUGAAUUCAUUAUAUGGGUUGUUAACAUCGAACAUACACUUAAUCAGGAACAUUAUAUUGUCACUCUUACACUUUCCAUGUGCUUGUAGCUUUGCUGUGAUUUGCUUUGCAUAAAUCUUUAAAAUUUAUAUUUGAAAAGGUGUCAUGUCUACCAUAGAAAUGUUUAUAUAUUUCAGACAGAUAUAAUAUAUCAAAUAAUAUAAACAGAAAGUAAAUUGUACAUUCCAUUAUUAUGUGUACAUGAGGCGUGUUUAUAUUUGAUAUUUACAUGUUUGUAUUGGUGCAUUUAGUAGAUUGCAUGUCUGUGCAAUUUUAUAUUUAUGUAUUACAAAAAAAAAGUGUGGUGAUAUUUCCCAAGACAACUUCUUGAUCAGUCCAUGUUACAUCCCGAUAAAGGAAAAAAAUCCACCAAUGAAUUAUCUAUAACGGGUGUUGUUUACAGCUGUUAUUUUAUCAUUCCGCUUGAACAACAGAUGUAAUUGUGCAGCUGGAUAUUUUGUAUAUAUUAAAUUAUUGUCGUAUUUCUUUGUAGAUUUUAGAACUUAAAUUAAUUUCUGUUGUGUAAUCCAUCCACCUUUUCAUUCACUCAGUCAUUUGUUCUUUCAUUCAAUGUCCUGUUCUUCUUUGUAUUAGCUAGAGUUCAAAAUAUAUUUUAUGAUUAAGAAUAUUUGAAGUUAUUAUUAAUUUCCUAAUGUUUAUUGUAUUUUUCAAAGAAAAAUUAAUCUAUUGGUAACAUUAAAGUAUUAAAAAAUUGCAAUGGUAGAAAGUAAAUCUGCUAACACUAUAUUUACAGAUUGUUACCCCAUGUGAAUGGUAUUAUUUAUGAAAUGAGGUUGUGAAUUGUUGUAUUCACUUGAUAAGGGCAGUGUUGAAAUAAGUUUUAAUAAAUCUUGUACAGUAUAUAAGAUUGUAACAAUACAUUAAUUUUCUUCAGAUAUGGAUAUGCUUAUACUAUAUUUAUUAAUAAUUGAAAAUUUUCAAAUACCUGAACGUUGUGUUUUCAAAGUCUAUUGGCAGUGCUUGACUUCUUAGCUGCCUGUUAAUUCAUUACAACUCAUGUGAAUAUAUUCAUAUAUUCAAGUGAAUACAGUGAAAUCGGUCUAAACCAGACCCUGAACAAACCAGAAUCCUUUCAAAACCGUCCCAAGUUUCAUGGCUCCAAAUUUUCUAAAUUCUAAAACGCGACCCUCUAAACACUGGAUCCUGUAUAAAUCGGAUAUAUAUUAGGUUCCCAGUGUGAUCCAAUUAGAUGGGUUUCACUGUAUACAUUACAACACUAUUUGUUCUCAACUGCUAGUUUAUAGACGUAAUUAUGUGUACACACUCGGUGAAAACAGUAUUGUUGGACUUCAGUAAAUUGUGAAUGUGGAAAUAUUGUUUUCUUGUAAUUUGUUGCAGGAUAAUGUUUUAUAGUUGUUGAGUUCGAAUGCUUGUUGUUCACAAGAGAAUUUGUAUUAGAAUGAUCUGUCGGAGUUGUUCUUGGUUAGGGGUUUUUUGGGGGGGUAGUGGGAAAGAAGAUUAGUAAUGUAUUAAGUUUAGUAAAAUAAUGUUUUGUGAUCUUGUUUAAGAUGAAAGGAUAUCAGGAAAAUUUAAAUUAAGUGGAAAGGUAAAUCAAUUACGACUCGGGGGUGACACCACAAUGGGUUUUUUUUUGGUGCAAACACACACUAUUUCAUUUUAAAAAACAUUUGGGGUGGGGUUUUGUUUUGUUUUUUUUGCAUUUCUUUGCUUUGUAAAAAUUAAAUAUAUUAACCAUUUAAAAGAUGAACCCAAUUAAUAGCUUCCUGGUGACAUCCUUAGUACUACACAAUUGGAAACAAAACUUUUUUCUUAGUUGCCAUAUUUAACUAAAUUAAUGUUUAGUUAUUAAAGUGAAAUUUAUGAAAGUUUUAUCUCUAGUCUAUUUCAUUGUAAAACACUUUUACCUGAACACAGUAUACGAGUAUUAAGUUGUGAUGGUUGUACAUUUAGUUGUUAGAAACCAUAAGUGCUAGGUCAACUUGGCUUCAUACACUUCUGUAUGUAAAGUUGCCACAUUAUAUUCACUUUUAGACUUGAAAGUGUUAGCUACAAAUGGCCAUAGGUGAUAUGACAGGCAAGAUACUGCACUACAGUGAAUUCUAUUUACAAGUGCUAACAUUGUUACAAAAAAUUAAUAUUAUAUAUCAUUAGAAUUAAAAAGUUGAGUUUGUUUAUAAAUAUAUUAAUAAAAAUGUUCAUAAUGCUUAGAUUAGUAGUAAAAUUAUGUGAAAUGAUUAAAGAAGUAAAAGUUAAAUAGUAGAACAUUAUGGGUUGAGGCGUUGAGUUGAGCAUUGGAAUUUCUGACAUGAUAUUCCUUUGUACAUGUAUGUAAAUACAUGUAGAAUUUUUGUUUUAAAAAACCCAAAACACGGUGUUGUACAGUUAAGUUGGACUCUUUUAGUAGUUUGUCUUAUGACAUUAACAGAGUGUUUUGUUGUGUUUUCUCCUUUAGGUUUACUGAGCAAACUUAUCUAGCUUAGCUUGUUGGUAGACAAAUCAAAGACUCAUUGUGCAAUAUAAUAUGUGCUAUUCAAAAUGUCAGAUCUUGUAUUUAUUGUGCUGAGGCCCAAUUCACUAAACUCUUGCAAUUUUGUCCAAAAGACUUGCAAAGACAAUAAUGUUGCUUUAGCGAGCUUUAGAGAGCUUUGUGAAUUAGGCCCCUGAACACUACAUAUCAUGCUUGUAUUUAUAAAUGGUGGAAAUUGUUUUUGGAAUAAAACUGUCAGUCAUGCGGCUAGGUCAUUUUGUCACCAAAUGUUACAUCGUGCAUUUUAUUCACUUUUUUUUUUUUUUUAAAUUGAAUAUCAUGAACCUGUCUUGUGAAAUACAUGUUGAGAUAAACUGGUUAAUAUAUGUAUACUUGAUAUUUGAAGAAAUUAUUACUGGGAUAAUUACCAAAAUAAUAUUUGCAGACAAAAAAAGUUUUGAAAUGGUUAUCAACUAUUAAACAGAUACAUUUUUUUUUUUUAAAUAACAGUAUUUUCUUUCGAUGGUGGUAGUACAAAUGGUUUCAUUUUGACACUUCUUCGCAAUAUAUUAUUGUAUAUAUUUAUCUGUAUAUAGAAUAUUCUGUAAUAAGUGGUUAUGAAGAAAUCGCUAAAUAAAUUGUAGCAAAGUG